CUAAGCUCAUAUAAGGCGGUCUCCUUGCAGAGCUCUGAACUUCCGUUUGCUUCAUGUACAAGUUUGGGUAAUAGUGAGAGAGAUUUACCUCCGAACGCCGUUUCUUUCUUCUCCGAAGACUCCAAGCUCUGUUUGAAAGGGUCGGUUUGAAUUUGAAGGGAGCUCGAAGCCACGAUGCAAGCGAUCAAAUGUGUGGUUGUCGGAGAUGGUGCUGUUGGUAAAACCUGUUUGUUGAUCAGUUAUACCACAAAUGCUUUUCCGGGGGAGUAUAUUCCGACAGUAUUUGAUAACUAUUCUGCUAAUGUUAUGGUCGAUGGCAAACCAAUAAAUCUUGGCUUAUGGGAUACAGCAGGUCAAGAGGAUUAUGACAGACUGAGACCACUUUCCUAUCCACAAACUGACGUCUUUUUAAUCUGCUUCUCUUUAAUAAGUCCAGCUUCCUUUGAAAAUGUUCGAGCAAAGUGGUAUCCAGAAGUAAGCCACCAUUGUCCUAGUACACCGAUAAUCUUAGUUGGUACAAAACUUGACUUACGAGAUGACAAGGAAACCAUCGAGAAACUGAAGGAUAAAAAGCUGGGGCCUGUAGUGUAUACUGAAGGUUUGAAAAUGUGCAAAGAGAUUCAGGCUACCAAAUACCUGGAAUGUUCAGCUCUUACGCAAAAGGGACUAAAAACAGUUUUUGAUGAGGCAAUCAGGGCAGUGCUUUGCCCUCAAGUGAAGAAGCCAAAGAAAAAAGGAGGAUGUGACGUCUUUUUAAUCUGCUUCUCUUUAAUAAGUCCAGCUUCCUUUGAAAAUGUUCGAGCAAAGUGGUAUCCAGAAGUAAGCCACCAUUGUCCUAGUACACCGAUAAUCUUAGUUGGUACAAAACUUGACUUACGAGAUGACAAGGAAACCAUCGAGAAACUGAAGGAUAAAAAGCUGGGGCCUGUAGUGUAUACUGAAGGUUUGAAAAUGUGCAAAGAGAUUCAGGCUACCAAAUACCUGGAAUGUUCAGCUCUUACGCAAAAGGGACUAAAAACAGUUUUUGAUGAGGCAAUCAGGGCAGUGCUUUGCCCUCAAGUGAAGAAGCCAAAGAAAAAAGGAGGAUGUCAGCUACUAUAAAUUUCAGAUCACAAACAAAAAACAAACUGCAUUUUCUGUGAGGCUAUUUUCUGGUUUGAUCUCUCAGUAUGUUAGGAAUUUGCCCUGAAAAAAAUGGUAGGCUUUAUCCAGAAAUGACAAAGAUUGGUCAAAUGCAAAUAGACCUUAAACAAAGCUGGUGUGUACAUGGGUACAUAAAGUUAUUUUGCUAUGAAAACUGUUCAACAGCAGUAUGUGCAUGCUCCUUUAUUCUGCUCCCAUAGACCCUAUUCAUAAAUGGCUGCCAAUUUAAAUUCUUUGGUAAGUAUUAAAAUUAGCCCAACUAACCUCGU